UCAGAAGAACACAUGGAAAAUCAGAACAAUGUGACUGAGUUUAUUCUCCUGGGUCUCACUCAGAAUCCUAAGGGGCAAAAACUUCUGUUUGUGACUUUCUUACUCAUCUACAUUGUGACAGUAAUGGGAAACCUUCUCAUCAUGGUGACAAUCAUGGCCAGCCAGUCCCUGGACUCCCCCAUGUACUUUUUUCUGGCUUAUUUGUCAUUUAUAGAUACAGUUUAUUCGACUACCAUUGCUCCCAAAAUGAUUGUAGACUUGCUCUAUGAGAAAAAGACCAUUUCUUUCCGUGCUUGUAUGACUCAAGUUUUUAUAGAUCAUUUGUUUGCUGGUGCCGAAGUCAUUCUUCUGUUAGUGAUGGCCUAUGACCGAUACGUGGCCAUCUGUAAACCUCUUCAUUAUUUAACCAUCAUGAACAAACGGGUAUGUGUUCUUAUGCUGUUAGUGGCCUGGACUGGAGGCUUUUUUCACUCUCUAGUUCAAUUGCUCUUUAUUUAUCACCUCCCUUUCUGUGGUCCCAAUGUCAUUGAUAAUUUUGUGUGUGAUAUGUAUCCAUUACUGAAACUUGCUUGCACUAAUACAUAUCUCAUUGGACUUUGUAUGAUAGCCAAUGGUGGAGCAAUUUGUACUGUUACUUUCUUAAUUCUCCUAGUUUCUUAUGGGGUCAUAUUAAGUUCCCUUAAGGCUCAUGGUUUGGAAGGGAAACGUAAAGCCUUCUAUACCUGUGCAUGCCAUAUCACCGUGGUCAUUUUAUUCUUUGUCCCCUGUAUCUUCCUCUACGCAAGACCCAAUUCCACCUUUCCCAUUGAUAAAUCCAUGACUGUGUUUUUAACGUUCAUAACUCCCAUGUUGAACCCUUUAAUCUACACACUGAGGAAUACUGAGGUGAAAAAUGCCAUGAGGAAACUGUGGAGUAAAAAAGUGACUUCAGUUGGAAGAGAGCUGCAGUCCUCAUGCAGAACAUGA